AUGAACAACAACAAUCAGUUCUCACGGUUCAAUCUCUUCUUUCGUCUUACCUUCAUCAUUCUCCUUCAUCCUUUAUUUCUGCCAGUGCCGUUACUUCAGGGCGACUUCCGGUGUACUCCUUUGGGUUCUUGCAGACUGCAGCUGCAAGAAUUCAAAGGUACUACCCUACAGUCGCCCUUCAAACAUAGUUUCUCAAGGAUUUUGGAGACUUUGGAUGGCGCAGUGACAGCCACUCCUCCCUUUGAGCGCCCUCCUGGCAGUUCCCUAACUAUUCUGCUUAUUGGAACUGGGGGUUGCGCAGUGCAUGCCACUUUGGCUCCUGCUUAUUGGGACUGGGGCUCAGCGCAGUGCAUGCCACUUGUCAGUGGCUCCUGCUUCUUGGAAUUGGCGGUAUCGCAGUGCAUGCCACUUGUUAGUGGCUCCUGCUUAUUGGGACUGGGGCUCAGCGCAGUGCAUGCCACUUGUCAGUGGCUCCUGCUUCUUGGAAUUGGCGGUAUCGCAGUGCAUGCCACUUCCUGCUCCAACUUUUUAAUGGUGACUGCUGAACCUGCCGGUACUUUUGUGUGGCAAGUGCUCUCUAGUUAA